UUUCGAGCUUCUUCCUUGCUGUUCAACUCUGGGCGCGCGCAUCGGACCCAAUCUGCGCCUCUUUGAGAAAGGAAAAAACGUAAUGGAAAACUGGGAAUUAUGCAGAUCGUUGUACAUACACAUUCAACGCAUCGUUUCGCACAGAGUAAGGCGACGUUGAAGGUCCCUGACUAAUAAGACGGUGCGAGUCUUUGAAGUUACAUGCUGGACUAUCUUCUACCUUGAAACAUCUGAACAUUUGGUUUUCAAUUGGCAUUUCAUUUAUUCGACUAAAGUCGGAUACACGUCGGCGGUUUCAACUUCAGAAGUUGUUAGGGGACUUUUUAUCCUGGACCUACAGCACAAAUGUUGUUUUGCCUUUCUGUCUUCAAGACACUGUUUUUGACCACGUUACAAAGUGAGGGAAAGCUGCCUUUUUAUGCAGACGUAAUUUCUGUAUCGUACGGAGGGAGCAACUGGACAGGAAUUCAUGAAAUCUAACCUUCCGCUGGUGCUCCUUGUCCGGAGGAUAGACGAUGAUGUUCGCUUUCGAGGUGUAACUCCCGUACCCAUUUAGUUUCUCUCUCCGUCCUCGGAUAUAUCUGGAUAUUUCUUGGCCCUCUCCGUUUUUUAAAUCUCCGCGUGAGGACCGGUAUUUUCCUCAAAACUCGUCACUCCAGGGGGUAGGUCAGCUAAUGGUUUGUUUCAAAUUCAGUGGGAACUGCUGUAUAUUAACCAAUACAUUAAAUACUGGGUUGUUAAAGCAUUACUAUCGAAAUAUUGUGUGUUGGAAGGCGGAAGAGAAAACUUUUUCUUAGCUCCUACUGCGUUUCUGUAAUAGAUAGGUGGUUCUCCUUGUGGGCACCCAUGACUGAAACGAUGGCUUUGAGUGGGAACUGUAGGACUCAGCCUGCAACCAAAGAUCAGGGAUCCAUUCAGAACAGUUUUCCAGACGUUAUUGAGCUAAAUGUCGGGGGACAGGUGUACUAUACUCGCCAUGCCACGCUAAUUAGCAACCCUAGUUCCCUUCUCGGAAAAAUAUUCUCACCUAAAAACAAUGCAUCCAACGAUCUUGCCAGAGACCCCAAGGGACGUUAUUUUAUCGAUCGUGAUGGGUUUUUGUUCAGAUAUGUCUUGGACUACCUCAGAGACAAGCAAGUUGUCCUCCCGGAUCAUUUUCCUGAGAAGGGCCGACUUAAGAAAGAGGCGGAAUACUUCCAGUUGCCCGAUUUAGUCAAAGUAUUAACACCCGAAGAUUUGAAGCACAGUCCAGAAGAAUACUUUCACAGCGAUUACGAGGAUGGGUCACAAGGAAGCGACCAGCGACCGUGCCCUCCAUCCUCACUUGUCCCCGCUGACAGAAAAAGCGGGUUUAUCACCGUGGGAUACCGAGGCUCAUGCACUAUGGGCAGAGAGAGUCAAACCGAUGCCAAAUUCAGACGAGUGCCGAGGAUUAUGAUAUGUGGAAGGAUUGCACUGGCGAAAGAAGUUUUUGGUGAGACCUUAAACGAGAGUAGAGACCCGGAUAGGACACCUGAUAGGUACACGUCUCGCUUUUACCUGAAGUUCAAACACCUGGAGAGAUCUUUUGACAUGCUCUCUGAGUGUGGAUUCCAGAUGGUUGCUUGUAACUCGUCGGUGACGGCCUCCUUUGUUAACCAGCACACUGAAGACAAGAUAUGGUCGAGUUACACAGAAUACGUCUUUUACCGUGGCCCGUCACGCUGGUCAUCACCACCAUGCGACUGCUGCUGCAAGGGCCACAAGGGCGAGGGCGAGAGUGGCACCUCCUUCAACGAGCUGUCCACCUCCAGCUCGGAGAGCCAGUCAGAGGCCAGCUCGCCCCAGGGCACGGUGAUCCGCGGCCCAGUCAGCCGGCAGGCCCACGUGCAGACACUUGACCGGCCACCUAAGAAGGGCCCCGGCGGGCAGGCACAGCACACGCCGGGCCAGCAGCAGUCGUCUGAGCAGCGGCGCAAGAGCGACCUCCUGCGCACGCUCACGGCAAGCUCCCGUGACAGUGCCAGCACUGGAGGCAAAAAACGGCCCACCAAGGAGAAGCUGACGGUGGAGGAGGAGCUGGAAAAGUGCAUCCAGGACUUCCGCAAGAUCAAGAUCCCCGAACGUUUCCCCGAGCGCAAGUACAUGUGGCAGGCUGACCUCCUGCGCAAGUACCGCCUCUGAGGGCCGGCACGCCCACGGGAACUCGGAAGUCGGAGUGUGGCUUGAUCCCCUUCGAACUCGCUGCCAAUCCCAAAACCCUCAGCUGGGGUGAAGUGUGGGUCGCUCAGGACUUCCUUUCA